CAGAUUGCAGACGUUUGAAGAAGUACAUGUUGCUUUAAAUGAUUUCAAGACGUGGGUAGGUCAAUGGGAUCAACCUGCCUCUCCGUGCGAAUCAGGGACAAAAAUAAGGCACGGGUUUUCGACAAGAAGGAACUAUUCGUGUCUGAAGAGGGUGCAAAGAGUUCAUUUCAUCAAAGCGGUCGAGUGAAGAGAGUAAAAACAGUACACAAUCAUGCAGAUUCCAGAGAACUUCACAGAACUUUCUAUCCGGAUGACCGAAGCACUUGCUGACAGUGGAGCCGGGAAUGAUACUGUCAUGGAGCGGAGAAAAGUUUACUUGUGGAGGGAGCGCAUGGAAACGUUAUUGCACGGAAUAAAUGGGAAACGUGUUGAGUGUUUUCAUUUCGGGAGCCAGUCGGAAGGGACCACCACGCCCGGUCUCCACUCUGAUAUUGAUGUGCUAUUAAGUUACAAGUUUGCUAAUAUAAUGAGAGACUGGGGAGACUGGGAGGCUGGGAUGUGGAACCUUCUGAUGCUCCACGACGACCUUACUCCUCCUCAACAGUACUUGCUACAAGCCAUCGAUAACGGAUCACCGGAACCGGAGAGCCGAUUGAGUGAUAUCUUCGUAAGGAACGACCAUGGGCAAGUACUGUUGAGCGCUGAACAAUUUAAAAAGCGCCUCAAGGAUCUGGCGAGGGAACGUGCAGAGGCAACCCAAAAUGGACCUUCUGUGAGUUAUAUACCUAAUUGGGAUAUGGUAUGUGCAUUUCACGUACGCAAACCUCUUCCUGAAAUACAACACUGGAUAAACAGAUGUAGAGGUAGAAACUGGCCAUCUGCCCAGCUCCUUAAUGCUGCACGGGUAACGUCGUGUUUCCUGGUACCAGCUGGUCAUCCAGACAGUGAAUACAAGCGCGAAGAAUGGCGCCUAUCUCCGAAUCUUAUAGAACGAAUGCUUAUGUUUAGCUUUAAUAUGAUACAAAUAAAAUGUUACAUUUUUUUGAAACUGAUGAAAAAAACAUUAUUCACUCAAAUUGUUGGAGAUUCUAUAACAAGCUAUCAUUGCAAAACUAUAAUGUUUUACACAAUAGAAAGAACUCAUCCUUGUCUGUGGGUCGAACAUAACCUUAUGUUUCUACUUUGGCGUUGUUUACAAGUGUUAAGGAAAUCACUGCGAAUGGGACGGCUGCCGCAUUAUAUCAUAGAAGGAGUGAACUUGUUCGACGGAAAACUCUCUAGAGUGCAGCAGAGACGCCUUUUAGUGUAUGUUGACUCCAUGAUAAGAAACAACUUACAAGAUGUAUUUUAUAUUGAUAUAGAUGAAAUAGGAUGUCGGUUACAAGCGCGUAGUGUUCGGCGAAUUGGGCAAGCUGGGGAACUUGGGCGUAUAUGCUUAAGUAACAGCAUCAGCUUACUGUUGAAGUUCGAUUGCUUGGCUAGCUUAUAUAUGUCAUUAAGGGGUUUAUUAAAUAAAAAACCCAGUUCCAAUACAACAUUCGAGAAAGAGAUACAAUGUUUACUACGUAAUGCUUUUGAGUACUGCACCAAUGUCAGAUUGAAAAAUGUUGCUUUAGAAUUAAUCAAACACCUGUACUCGUUACACAUUUCAAUUCAAGCAUCGAAAUGUUUGCGACUGCAAAACGCUGUUGAAAGCGACAUUAUAAGACGUUUCCAAUAUUCCUUAAACUUGGAUGUAGCUUCUAGUCGCUUAAAGUUGGCUUCUUUAUUGUACUGUAGUGGACAUAUUCACGCGGCAGUUAGAGUGUUGGAGGAUGUGGAGAGGAGGUAUUACAGAAAGGUCAAGGCUGUGUGCGGAUGUAGAUAUAUGAAAGGAGAACGUGAUCGCCGAGUGUUAGGUAAUACACUAUCAGGUAACUGUGUCAAAGGAUGCAGUGAACUGACGUUUGCAUUAUGUGUCAAGUUUUUUAGGCAAGAAUCGCACUGCAUUCCUUUCAUAUUAUUGUUUGAAAUGAAUCGUAAUAUCACUGAAGAAGAAGUUGCACAGAGGGAUUUCGUUGAUAAGCAAUGGAUGGACAGCGCUGAGGUGGAUGCGCUUCCGUUUCUCUAUUAUCUUCAGUAUCUCACUUAUGGAAGACUCGGCGAACGUAACAAGCAGAUUCAUGCAUGGAGAACAUUGGAGUCAUAUUUAUGUGAUGCAAGAACUAGCAUCAACCGGCAUCACAAUGAAACAGCACUGAACUUGGUGGGACACAUAUUUGAAAUGGAAGGAUACUAUUAUUGUGCGUUAUAUUACUAUAGAGAAUCGUUAAGUGUUUAUGAUACAAACAAUGCUGCUAACUUGCACGUCCAGCGUGUUUUGCGCCUUAUAAGUGGUUAAAAAUACGAUGCAAUCAUGUUUCUGGUGCAUUUUAUUACAGAAUGUACUAUCCACUAUUUUAAGGAUAAAAGCUUUGUGAUUAGUUAGUUUGCUAUGCUACACGUAUUCAAUGUUAUAAAAUGUCAGAAAACGCAAUGUAUGAAUAAUUUCAUUUUUGUCUCAAAAUCUUGCCAUCGCUAGUAGGAUCUAAUGUAUGCGAAAAAACUGUUUAAAUUGAGCAGCAACCUUGUUGUACAUUAUGUGGAUCUUACAUGCCUGUAUGCUUAUUAAAUGUUUGUUGUGAAUGUAUGUCUUGAACAUAAAUACUAUAUAUGGAGAACGCUACGUCAGAGAUAGGCAGGUUUGACUUGUUCAAUCAUGGAGGCUAGUUUGCUGACAGGAUAAGCUUCAAUUCAAGACACUCAGGCCAGUUUUGUUCAAAUGUGUGCGUUUGUU